UACCAGGAAUAGACGGUCUUUGAUGUAUGGAUAUGAAUAAAAGGCCCUUAAUGGCAUUUAUGGCUUGACCUCAGGGGUGGGGCUUUGAGUUUCCAGGAGAGGUGUCACCCUCUCUCGAUCCUGACAGGAAGUGGAAUCCGAUUUGGGUCCUUCUGAAAGUCCCUGGUGCCUUAUAUCUACCUGUGUUGCUACUGUGUGCCAGCACCGCCCAGUACUCCCCCACCCCCAUCGCGGUGCCCCACCUAGGAGCGGUUCAAAUUUUGAAGAGUUCGGGACCGUCGCUGCCGCGGUUGAGGCUUGAUUUCCCGGCAGUCCUUGCUGCUUUACUGGCCGGCAUAUUAUUUGCAUUUCCGGUCACAUGCGCAUCUGCGCAGUCUACCUAUAUGGUCUUCCGGCCCAGACUCCAUUUCCCGGAGUGCUCCGCGGUGUCGCGGGGUCUAACGGGUGUUGUAGUCCGGCCGCCCUCCGGGCUGGUCCAGCAACCGGCAGGAUGUCGGAGGUGCGGCUGCCACCGCUACGCGCCCUAGACGACUUUGUUCUGGGAUCAGCACGUCUGGCUGCUCCGGAUCCGUGCGACCCGCAGCGAUGGUGCCACCGCGUCAUCAAUAACCUCCUCUACUAUCAAACCAACUACCUUCUCUGCUUUGGCUUCGGUCUUGCUCUAUCCGGGUACGUGCGUCCACUGCACACGCUCCUGAGUGCGCUGGCAGUGGUGGCGGCCCUCGGCGUGCUGGUAUGGGCGGCUGAGACCCGCGCAGCGGUGCGCCGCUGCCGCCGCAGCCACCCCGCAGCCUGCUUGGCAUCAGUGCUUGCCGUCGGUCUCCUCGUUCUCUGGGUCGCGGGCGGCGCUUGCACCUUCCUGAUCAGCAUCGCCGGGCCUGUCCUUUUGAUCCUGGUGCAUGCCUCGCUGCGCCUGCGCAACCUUAAAAACAAGAUUGAGAACAAGAUCGAGAGCAUUGGUCUCAAGCGAACGCCAAUGGGGCUGCUACUAGAGGCGCUGGGACAAGAGCAGGAGGCUGGAUCCUAGGGGCCUGGAUUCUGCACCCAAGGGCCUGGAGAACACCACCCAUCCCCAGCCCAGCCCGAGACCCACAGCCCUUUCCCAGAUAGGAGAUAAGAAGCCUAGAACCCUCUAGCCCAAGCAAGAUUUCUGUGACUGCCCCUUCAAUCCCAAAUCAAAAUUCCCCUCAAUCCAAGCCCCUAUUAGAUACCAGAGUCUUCCCCAGACCUGAACUUGGGACCCAGAGUCACCUACAUUCAGCCCCAAAACUGGGGCAUGAGACCAGAGCAUCCCUGACCAAUCUCAAACUAUGGACUCAAGAUAUUCCCCUAACCCAAAUUUGGUUCUCACUGGUAUCCCAUGCUGGGCCCCAAAGCUGGGGCCUAGGGCAGGAAAUUCUCAACACUUGACCCCUGGACCAAGGCUUUUUCUGGCCCCACCCCUGCUUUGAACCCAGGUUAAGGCAUUGCCAAAUCUUGACCCCAAACUAAGUGUCCUCAGCCCUUACCUGGGUAAAGUCAGGAUACCUGACUCUGUUGAAUCCUUGGUGAUCCCCAACCCUCACUAGUCCCAGCAGUUUCCCUCCAGCUCUCCAGAUUUGGCUCCUCCCCAACAUUCCUGUGUCAAGGACCAAGGGGUGGGACAGGGUGGGGAAAGACCCAACAGGGAAAGGGAUAUCUGUAUCAGUAUUACUGC